AUGGGAUUAGGAUAUGAGGCUAAGAAAGUCAGUAAUGCUAGAGCAUCACAUCGCCACAGAGGACAUCAAGGGAAACAGUGCUAUUUUUGUGGAGUUGUGGGUCAUAUCAAGGCGUUCUGCAACAAGUUUUGUGCUAGAGUUGAUCACGCCUGGAGACAAGGACGCUACUACUGGAAUCAUGGACUGAACCAAGUCUUCAUCAGAAGACUGAUCUUUACCAGAAUCCUGCUCGACGUACAGCACCAGGUGGUACAAGACAGCGAUUCUGCUCCAAUAUGGCACUAUUUGAAGAAAGCAAUGAGGUGGACAACACAGGAACGUGGUACUUCGACAGCGGUUGUUCCAGACAUAUGA